AGGAGGGAAGAAGAGGAGGAGGAGUUUCUUGCUGUCAGACUCAGAUGAUGAAGAGGAUCCAGCAGCAGGUUUCUCUGUUAGAUCAUCUCGUUCAUUCUGCCCUCGGAGCGACGGAACCGGAGCGGAGCGAUCCGAACACCGAGAGACCAGUCCGGAGAGCUGCGACGUGUUCAGACCGGUGAUGCUGCUCAGACAGACUUCACAACUUCACACAGGAUCCAUCAACUGUUAGAACACUGAGAUCUGCAGCUUGUUAUUAUUAUUAUUACAAUAAUAAUAAUAAUAAUAAUAAUAAUAACAGACAUUAUAAUGAUGUCUUCAUGAUGAGGAUCUUCAUCACAGCAACAGAUGAGAACAUGUUCGGGACUAAUAACGGAGAGCUGAGGAGGCAAACCUGCGACCUGGAAGCUUCCUCCUAACCUCCCAUCAACCGGACAUACAAGCACCUCUUCCAUCCUGUCACACAUCCUGAAGCCAGCAUGCCCAUCAUCAGCAAUGCCAACCACGACUUCAGCACCUACUCCAUCAGCAGCGACGACAGCAGCCUCGACCGCUUCUUCACCGAGAUCCCGGAGACUGAGACCAUCAAGGGCGUCUACUUCCAGCGCGCCCAGCUGCUUCGUGACCGCAAGGCUUCAUACGUGGUCGACCACACCCUGCAGGUUCUCAUCAACGUCGGGGGCAACCGCUACACCUUCCCCUGGAGCACUUUGGAGCAGUUCCCCCAGAGUCGACUGGGUCGUCUGCGCUUCUGCACCACCCCUGAGGAGAUCGAACGACUCUGCGACGACUAUGACGAGACAUGCCAGGAGUACUUCUUCGACCGAAACCCGACAGCCUUCAGGGUCAUCCUCAACUUCCUGGCCGCAGGGAAACUGCGUCUGCUUCGGGAACUGUGCGCUGUGUCGCUGCAUGAUGAGCUUGAUUACUGGGGCGUGGACCCGGGCCAUAUGGAGCGUUGUUGCCGUCGCCGCAUGAUCACCCGUGUGGAGGAGGUGGCCGAGCGCGAGCGCAAAGAAGAGGAGUGGAGGCAGAAGAGGGUGAUGAUGAAGCAAACCACCACAGAGACAAAAAAGGGCUAUCACAAAAUGACCUGGAUGCUGCGAGAGGUGGUAGAAAACCCUCAGUCGGGGCUGAUGGGGAAGAUAUUUGCCUGCCUCUCGGUGGUCAUGGUGAUGGUCACCGUCAUCAGCCUGUGCAUCAGCACCAUGCCAGACCUCAGAGAUGAAGAGACCAGGGGCGAGUGCUCCCAGAAGUGUCGCAGCAUGUUCGUGGUGGAGUCCAUCUGUGUGGCGUGGUUCACUCUGGAGUUUGUGCUGCGAUUCGUCAACGCUCAGAGCAAGCUGGCCUUCGCUCGUGGCCCCCUCAACAUCAUCGACGUCAUCGCCAUCCUGCCGUUCUACGUGUCCCUGGUCGUCGACGUCAGAGAUGAGUCGCGGGAGGAAGUCAUCAUGGGCGCCGGCAGAGGCUACCUGGACAAACUGAGUCUGAUCCUGCGCCUGCUGCGGGCCCUGCGGAUCCUGUACGUGAUGCGGCUGGCUCGCCACUCUCUGGGCCUGCAGACGUUAGGGCUGACCAUGCAGCGCAGCAUGAGGGAGUUCGGCCUGCUGCUGCUGUUCGUCUGCGUGGCCGUGACCCUCUUCUCGCCUCUGGUCCAUCUAGCGGAGAGCGAGCUGGCGCCGUUUGCCGCCACGCACCCCCACCACAGCUUCAGCAGCAUCCCGGCCUCCUACUGGUGGGCCAUCAUCUCUAUGACCACGGUGGGAUACGGCGACAUGGUGCCGCGCAGCAUCCCCGGACAGGUAGUCGCGCUCACCAGCAUCCUGAGCGGCAUCCUCAUCAUGGCGUUCCCCGCCACCUCCAUCUUCCACACCUUCUCCCGCUCGUACCAGGAGCUGAAGCAGGAGUACGAGCGGCUGUGGAAGGAGGAGCGAGGCGAGGAAAUAGCCGCCGAGUCGGAGGAGAGUUGGUCCAAAGUCGAUCUGUCACCAAAUGAGUUCACGUCUGUGUCGAAGGAAGAUAAUGACGGGCUGAUAUCAAACAAGAGUCAUCAAACCGCUAUUCCAUCGACAGCUUUCUAACGGAGCAGGAAGAGAGCCGUCAGACACUCAGUCAAUAAUCACGUGUUAAAAUAGUGACACUUGACCACAUACUCUAUCCUAUAUAAGCACAUUUAGACUCUAAAGGACUGUUAUAUUAUAGAUACUAUAUUACACUUUGAGUUCUCGUCUGUUCGUGCUUUAAUACAUUAAGCUUCCAACAGACUAUCUAGUACUUAUCAGGUUAUAUUGAGCUUGUUUUCAUGUCAGCAAAUACAUCCCAUACUAAACCUUUAGCCUACUUAAAGUAGAACUGAAAUCUGAAUUAUCCUCGCUUUUUGUGUAAGAAAAUAUAAACUAUAAUCUUACAGCGACUAUUGUGCACAUUUUUUCCAUUUUGAAAAAGAAGAUAUAGUAUAUAUAGAGUAAUAUAAUAUAGGAUCAUUUCCCAGUGUUGCUAGGAGACACAUCAUGCUGUAUAUCCUCCAGAUGUUACAAGGCUUUUUCACAUAGCGUUAGCUGUCAGCUGUUAGCAAUUUCAGACGCGUUUCCCUUUAAAACAUCCAACGUUUGGAGUUUCUUGCUGUUACGUUUUGUGUUCCAUUCAAACUGGGGUUCUAGCUAGAGUUAGCCGUCUCUCUUUCGUUGGUCCAGUUGUGGUGAUGACACACAGCAACAAGUACUCAACACGGAGUAACGUCAGGAAUCCUCAAACCACAGACGAGGCAAAGCAACAGGUAACAAGUCAAGUCAAUUCUAUUCACAUAGCCCAAUAUCACAAAUAAACCUCAGGAGGCUUUAAGGCUCAGACACACCAACCCGACAUCAAAGAACUAGCGGCGACGAAUGUCGACAGUCGAGCCGUCUCACGUCGCCUUUGUCUUGGCCAAAAAGUUGCACUUGAACACACCGCAAAGACGACAGCCGACGUCCAAUUAGCAUGUACGUUCUGCAUCUGCAUGAGAGGAAAUAACUUUCCACACCAGCAGGCGGCGGUAGUCUGUAUUCAUCAUUCAAAAAGGGAAACAGGAAGACCUAAAGGACGGCGGAUAUACAAGCCGUUGUUAUGAUACGUACAUGAA